UAACAAACGCACCCUAGCUUUACAUUACUAUGAAGGAUUUACGGAAGCGUCGUCCCAGGCGUGGCUGAACAACUUCCUCCUUCUACAGCUGAAAAAUGACAGCCACUCUGCGCCCCUACUUGAAUGCUGUGAGGGCCACCCUGCAGGCGGCCCUCUGCCUGGAGAACUUCUCCUCUCAGGUGGUGGAGCGCCACAACAAGCCGGAGGUGGAGGUCCGGAGCAGUAAGGAGCUGCUGCUCCAGCCUGUGGUGAUCAGCCGCAACGAGAAGGAAAAGGUUCUCAUCGAGGGCUCCAUCAACUCCGUCAGAGUCAGCAUCGCUGUCAAGCAGGCUGAUGAGAUCGAGAAGAUCCUUUGCCACAAAUUCAUGCGGUUCAUGAUGAUGAGAGCGGAGAACUUCUUCAUUCUGAGGAGGAAACCAGUGGAGGGCUAUGAUAUUAGCUUCCUCAUCACCAACUUUCACACGGAGCAGAUGUACAAACACAAGCUGGUGGACUUCGUCAUCCACUUCAUGGAGGAGAUCGACAAGGAGAUAAGCGAGAUGAAACUGUCCGUCAACGCCAGGGCCCGUAUCGUUGCCGAGGAGUUCCUCAAGAACUUCUAAUGGCAGCGCCGUCCUCGGGUCUCCUGCAGCCCUUGGACGCUCUCGAGGACCAAUCGGCACGCGCGCAGAGGACUAGAGGAGAAAA